CCCCUCUGCUCUCUCGCUCGCGGCCAUCAUGGACGCGCCUCCUGCGGCCUCCAACGGCCUCGCUGCCGCCGCCUCGCACGCAGCGUCGUCGGCCCUCUCCUCCUCCUCCUCCGCCGCCGCCGCCGCCGCCGCCGCCGCCGCGCCCGCCUCCCGGCUGCAUCUCAUUUCCGACGAGCAGCAGUUCACACCCUCGCUGGCCGAGUCGCUGCAGCAAUGGCACCUCCUCGACGCCGGCUUUGCAUACAACCUCUGCGCCGUGCUCGGCUCGCAGAGCACCGGUAAAUCGACGCUGCUCAACCGCCUCUUUGGCACGAGCUUCGACGUCAUGGACGAGCGCGUGCGCGGACAGACGACGAAAGGCAUCUGGCUCUGCCGCGCCCUCUCCUCUCCCCUCCUCGUCAUGGACGUCGAGGGCACCGACGGGCGGGAGCGCGGCGAGGACCAAGACUUUGAGCGCAAGUCUGCCCUCUUCAGCAUGGCCAGCGCCGAGGUUCUCAUCGUCAACCUGUGGGAACAUCAGGUGGGCCUGUACCAGGGCGCAAACAUGGGCCUGCUCAAGACGGUGUUUGAGGUCAAUCUGGCGCUGUUCCAGAGCGGCAAGGGGAGAUCGUCCAGCACAGGCCGCGACAAGACGCUGCUCUUCUUCGUCAUUCGUGACCAUGUCGGCGCGACGCCGCUGAGCAACCUGCGCGAGACGCUCCUGGCGGAUCUGGCGAGGAUCUGGGAUGGGCUGAACAAGCCCGAGGGUCAAGAAGCCUCUCGCAUCACCGACUUUUUCGAUCUCUCCUUCACCACGCUGCCGCACAAGCUGCUGCAGCCCGACGAGUUUGAGCGGCAGGUGGCGCAGCUGCGCGAGCGCUUCGUGGAGCGUGACCAUGCCGACUUUGUCUUCAAGAAGGAGUACCACAAGCGCAUCCCGGCCGACGGCCUGCCCAUGUAUCUCGAGACUAUCUGGGAGCAAGUCAUGACGAACAAAGACCUCGACCUGCCCACGCAGCAGGAGCUGCUGGCGCAGUUCCGCUGCGACGAAAUUGCCUCUGCGGCAUUUGCCGUCUUCACCACGGGCGCAAAGGUGUUCAAGAAGCCCAUCGAGGCCGGCCAGGUGCUUGAGACGCUCGGCGCCGAGAUGGGCGCGCUGCGCAGCGAGGCGCUAGCUGCAUUCGACAAGGCCGCCUCGCGCUACCACGCCGAAGUGUACCGCCGCAAGCGCAGCGAGCUGCUGGAGAAGCUCAACGCGACGCUCUCGCCCCUCUUCAUGGGCCAGCUCAAGAACACGCACAAGCUCGUGCUCGCGUCCUUCCGCUCUGCCGUGCUCGAGCGUCUGCGCGGCGACACGUACGACUUUGCCGACGUGGUCUCCUCGGAGCGCCAGCGUGCCUUGGCGCGCUUCGAGGCGGCGGCCCAGGCCGUGCAGCUUGCGGAGACGGACUGGAGCGUGGAGGAAGAGACGCAGCAGCUGGCGACUGCGAUUGAUGCCAUUGCGGAUCAGUGCCGCGCCGAGGAGACCAAGAAGAUGCUGGCGCUCAUCGAGCGCGCAUUGAAGAAGGCCAUUGCGGAGCCGACGGAGAUGGCGCUCGCAAGCCCGGGCACGGAGAUGUGGGACGGCGUUCUGGAGGCGUUUGGCAAGGCUCUCGCACAGGCUGAAGCGACGUAUCUGCGCAAGGCCAAGAGCUUCAACGCCACGGAGGAAGAGAGUGUGCUGGCCCUCGCGGCGCUGCGGCGCCGAGCCUGGCGUGCUCUGCGCGCCAAGCUCGACGAACAGACGGCCGACUCGUUCCUGGCGGCCAAGCUGCGCUCCGUGUUUGAGGACCGCUUCCGCUACGACGAGGCCGGCACGCCGCGCGUCUGGUCGCCGACGGAUGACAUUGAUGGGCUGUAUCGCGCGGCUCGAGAUGAGACCCUGGCACUCGUGCCUCUCUAUGCACGCAUCGAGCCCACCAACGCCUCGCUUCUCCCGUCCAUUCCGUCCACCGCCGACGAUCCCUCGCACGCCGCGCUCGUCGAGCGUGGCGAGGAGGAGGAGUUUGACUUUGACGCGUCGCUGCUGCUCUUUGGCGAGGCGCGCAAGGCCGACGUGGCGGCGCGGCUGCGCAAGGAGGCCGAUGCCUACUACGUCGAGGCAAAGAGAAGCACCGUCUCUUCGAUUGCCCAGGUGCCCGUGUGGAUGUACGCGGUGCUUGCGGCGCUGGGAUGGAACGAGGCAAUGGCCGUGCUCCGCUCGCCGCUCUACUUUGCAUUCAUGCUCAUCCUCCUCGCCAGCGCGUACGUCGUGUACCGCCUCAACCUCUCCGGCCCCCUCGUGCAAGUCUCAAAGGCCGUCGGCCGCGAAGUGCAUCGCCUCGCAGACGGCGCGCUGCGCGAGCACUUCCAGCAGCCACUGCCUCAGCCCGCCAUGCUGCGCGACGACUCAGCGCCGGCGCCUUCGCGUGCUGCUGCACCGGAGAAGGCGGCGGUGCGAGAGCAGAAGGCGGCGCCGCAGCCAGAGGAGAUUGAGCUGAGCGAGCGAUAGGCUGGCAUGCAGGAGUGUCGACUAUGUACUACGAGCGCUGCGCGUCUCGGGGCAAGCAAUGAUGACAUUAAGGAGAUUCUA